CACAUAUGCCAAGCUAUAAGCGCCACUAUGAUAGUGGCACUGUCUGCAUUAUCGAUCGUUAUCUAAUGUCUUAUCUUAUCUGAUUCAGGGUCCUCGAAUGAUUUUUUUUCUUUUUUCUGGUUAGCUACCUUGAUGUCCUCAAAGUUCUUGUGCUCAAGUCUUUUCAACGCCAAAUUUACUUUUUGGUGUCGCAUCUCACCGGCUUUUCCCUACGAUUGAAUAAAGUCAAUUCAACUGCAAAGCCAGCUGUAAUGUCGAAGCACCGUCUCGAAGAUGCCGAGGUAGAGGCGGCCACUCUCCCGCGCAAGAAGUCCAAAAAGGACAAGAAGGACAAGAAAGAGCGCAAAGAAAAGUCCCAAGAUGUUGAUUCGACGGCGCCGACUCCGGUAGACUCGGCUGUAGAAGCAAUUGCCCCAGAUGUUGACGGCGAAAAAAAGACAAAGAAGGAUAAGAAAGAUAAGAAGAAGGAAAAGAAGGAAAAGAGAAAGGCUGAGAAGAGCAACGACGAGGUCGAUGCAAGCAAUGAAGCCAACGGAGCCACCGAGGAUGCCGCCCCUGAGCAAAAUGACAAUGGCGACGAGGUAGAUGUCGAGCGCAAAUCUAAGAAAGAGAAGAAGGAUAAAAAGGAUAAAAAGAAGAAGCGAAAGACCGAAGAUACCGAGACGAACGGUACCCUUGAUAGCAAUUCCAAUGGACAAGUUGAGAGUACUUCGAAUAAGACCUCCGAGGCAGCUCCCGCGUCCAAUUCUUCGCAAGGUUACGAGCAGACGGCAGCUCUCUCCGCUGUACCAGAGUCUGAUAUCGCCGCCUUCCUUAGCAAGCAUGAGAUCACCAUCACAGAUCCGCUUUCUGAUAAACCUUUCCGACCCAUCAUCGAAUUCUCUCAUUUACCCUCGUCAGGUCUGAUCGCCAAGAAUCCCUUUGCUUCUUUCAAAGCUCCGACGCCUAUCCAAGCGGCCUCUUGGCCUUUCGGGCUCUCGGGUCGCGAUAUCGUCGGUGUAGCAGAGACGGGGUCCGGAAAGACUAUUGCUUUUGGUCUCCCGCUCGUCUCUGCUGUGUUGGGAAUGCCCAAGGCCAAAGGAAACAAUAAGAUACGCGCGGUCGUGGUAUCUCCCACGCGCGAGUUGGCGAUGCAAACCAACGAACAGCUAGCGAAACUCGGCAGCUUGGUAGGCUUAAAUACCGUGUGUAUUUACGGUGGCGCUUCCAAGGAUAAUCAGAGAGUGCUUUUGCGAAAGGCGGAUAUUGUGGUUGCGACGCCUGGUCGAUUAAAGGACUUUUUAGAAGAGGGCUCUGCUAAGCUUGAUGGAGCCAAAUUUGUGGUGCUAGACGAAGCCGAUCGCAUGCUGGACAAGGGAUUCGAGGACGAUAUCAAGCGGAUUAUUGGGUGCACGCCCAGGAAAGAAGACCGUCAAACUCUCAUGUUUACAGCAACGUGGCCCCAGAGCGUGCAGUCUCUCGCGUCAACCUUUAUGGUAUCGCCUGUGAAGAUUCAAAUAGGCGGAAACGAGAGCGGCGACUUGCAAGCGAACACGAGAAUCGAGCAGCGCGUGGAAGUUGUAGAUCCUCGUAGCAAAGAAACCAGGCUGUUACAACUGCUCAAGGCGCAACCCAGAAACGAGAGAGUUUUGGUCUUCUGUCUCUACAAGAAAGAGGCCACUCGCGUCGAGGGAUUCCUAUCGCAGCGUGGUAUCAAGGUUGUGGCCAUUCACGGCGAUCUCAAGCAGGAGCAGAGGACGCGAAGUCUCGAGGCUUUCAAGUCGGGGCAAACUCCCGUUCUCGUGGCCACUGAUGUUGCUGCUCGCGGUUUGGAUAUUCCCGAAGUGAAGUUGGUGAUCAAUGUUACGUUCCCCCUUACCAUCGAAGACUACGUUCACCGCAUCGGACGUACCGGACGAGCUGGUAAGACUGGACAAGCCAUCACUCUCUUCACGGAACACGACAAGGCUCAUUCUGGAGAACUUAUCAAUAUUCUCAAGGCCGCUGGACAGCCGGUACCUGAAGAACUCUUGAAGUUUGGCACGGUCGUCAAGAAGAAGACCCACAGCACUUUCGGCGCUUUCUUUAAAGAUGUGGACAUGACGAAGAAAGGAACAAAAAUCACAUUCGAUUAAGUAGUAUGAGGGCUUAGGAGCAUUACUUUCUAUGAAAUUGGGCUAUCCGUGGAUUUUACACGUUACCUUGAGACUCUACCACGGCCGCGAAUAGAAUGAUA